AAAUGGGCGCAUUCGAAAUAGCAGCGAGUAGAGAGAGACUGACUGAUCGACAAAUCACUCUGAAUGUUAUUUGAAGAUCAGUCAGUCAGUCACAAAUUACCCAUGAUACAUCAUUCCCGGUUUUGAUGCUCUUGAACGCGGUCAUGUCUAAUCGACGCAGAAUUUACAUAGCCAUUCGACUCGCGUUUGGGAUAAUUUUUGCAAUUUAGUUUACUCUAAUUAUUUCAACCUGCUAACGUUACGUUAAUUAUCCUAACAUGCUAUGAAAAGUCACUGCUGACAGUGAGCUACUCACAUAUGCACAGCAGCGACACUACUGCAAUUCAUCCAGGUUUGAACCCGAAAGUAUCUGUCAGAAAGUGACAACAUGAGUGAGGCUGAGCAAGAUAGAAUAGAGAUCCCUGAUACCAGAUGCUCCAACAAUACAAAUGAAGGCACAGCAGACAGCAGCAACACGUCAUACCUUGAUACCAUAGAGGUGCUGGAGAGCAGUGAUCCCUUGGUUGCGGAAGAGGAAAUGGUUGAUUUGACCUAUCAGGUUUUUCCAUCAUCUUUUGUGGACCUCACCAACAACAAUGACUCAAUAGUGGUUGUAGAUGAAGGUCCAAAGCGAAGACGUGACUGGGAAAGUUACGUGCUGAGCAGUGAUGAAGAAGAGGCAGCUGUUAUUGUUCCUGACAGUCCAGCGACAGCCCCCCUCUCCACUGCCCCUGAGCCCAGCAGCACAGCCAGAUCAACCCCAACAACAAUCAGUUGUCCCAUCUGUAUGGACACGUUUGGAGAGAUAAUUGAUGGUGGGAGAAUGGUUGUCUCCUCCCAGUGUGGUCACCUGUUCUGCAACACAUGCAUACGUGACUCACUUGCCAAAUCACAGACGUGCCCAACCUGCAGGAAGAAACUGAAUCAUCAGCAGUAUCAUCAAAUUUACAUAUAAUCUGUGUUCCUAUUAAACAUAUUCCGAUUGUUGGGGCUUUUUGCACAUUGCUUGAUGGUUUGGUUCUUUGUUUAUAUAUGGUUUAAUGGUCUUGUCAUUUAUAUCUUAAAUUUGCACAAAUGAGAUUUUUUUUUUUACUGGCCACAUGUGGGUUUAACACAUUUGAGGGAGGAGAAUGUAACCAAUCAAUCAUACACGUCGUUGUACGAUUGCCUCACUGUACACUAUGAAAGUGUAUUGUGUACAACAUUUUCAUCUAAUUGUUGUGUUUUAAAUGUGUGUUAUGCCUGUGUUUAGACCAUCUAGAUUACAUUUCACUGUUGUGACCCAAAGCGUUCUUGAGAGCUCAAAGAAACGCAACUAUUUCGUUUGUCCAUAUGUAUUGUUUAUAAAUAAAUAAAGUAUUUGUUUUUAGCCCUU